AUGGGCCCCAAAUCCCUAGGCCCAAGCUCCCUUCAAACGGCCUCUGUCACUAGUGUCUGUCCAAACAUAAAACAACAACAAACAUCCAUCUUGGGAGCAAAACACCCGCACUUUGACCGCAGUUAUCGUACACACGCAUAUUAUUCGUUGCGCACCUGCAUGUUCGCACCGCACAGGGCAUCACUCGACGAGUCACGACCACGAGGAGGCAAUCGGAGCGGCAAACGAGACAGGUGGAAGACGCGUGUCAAGCUAACAAGGAUUGAGGGUUCAGACUCUUACUGCUGCUGUCGUCUGCUGGGCUGGGAGACGCUGAGAGGGGCUUGUGGCGGUCUUGCGUUUGGCUGGCAAAGUGAAGGCAAGCAAGUGAAGCCAGAUGUGAGGGGGGGUAGCCGUGGGCGUGAUAGCUACCGUGGUGAGGCCUGGGGUCGUGGUCCAGGCCGUGGUCCAGGCCGUGGCCAUGAUCCCGAUUGUAGUCCUGGUCGCAACCGCGGUCGGGCCUAUGGAUUUGAUCGUGCUCAGGAUUGGGCUCGUGAUCGUGAGCGUUACCAGGUUCACGAGCGUGGCCCUGGUGAGUCUUAUGAUCGCAGUGAGCGUGAUGGUUUUCGCAGUGAGCGUCGUGGUUAUGGUCGUGUGGACACUCACUAUCAGCAUGAACACAACUUUUACGAAGAGGAGCGUCGUUUCCAUGAUCAAGUUCGUAGGGCCCGCAACGAAUCUGCCCUUCGAGAUCAACAUCGACGCAAUCCAGCGCGGCGCAGCCGAUCCCCAUAUCAGUCUCCAUAUCAGUCCCCAUAUCAGUCUCCAUAUCAGUCUCCAUAUCAGUCCCCGUACCAGUUACAUCAACAGUCGCCGCCUCACCUCCAGCAGCGCCAGAAUCAACGUAUCAUUCAUGCAAACACGGGUGCAGGCGUUGGCCGCAGAGGCGGUUCCGUCACUCACAAUAAUGUGACACCGUGGGCGAGGCGUGUCGAUCGGAUGACGCGUCGAAAUGAGAGAAUUGCGGACAUGGUGGGUGAAGGUCGAGUGAUGGAGCUUGCUUGGAGAGUUAAAGGCAGUCACGUCAAUAGCGGGGCUGGAAGAGUGCAGCGUCGUCUGAUUGACAUGAUUACAGAUGAAAUGUCUGAAGAUGCAGAUGACGAAGAAGGCACAGACGAAGGUGAAGGCGGAGCUAAAGGCAAGGAUGAAGACGAAGAUGAAGAAGACGAUGUCGACAUCAAGUCCGAAUCUGGAUCCAACCAUGUCAACGACAACAACGUCGAAUAUCGGCUCCCACCCUUUCAACCCGAGACCCCCCCUCAACCCCGGACCCAACGCUCCCAGUUUCAUUUCCCUACCCCUCGUCCCCCCUCAUCCCUCAUCAGUCUUCCCGCCACCGGUCCUCCCAUCCGCCUCUUCAACCAACCUAGAUCCCGUAUGCCAGCCUACCAGUACGUCACACCACGUGAGCCAGUCACACCGAGCCCCAACUCGAACAACCGUCGCGCCCCGGUCACUCCAAGUCCCAACUCGAACAACCGUCGUACCCCUGUGACGCCCAGCUCCAACUCCAACAACCAUCGCGCUCCCGUGACGCCCAGCCCCAACUCCAACCAGAGUGGGACUCAGCGUAAGACUCCGAUCCGCGGCACUGGCGGCUCCUUUGAGACAGAUCCCGUCGACAAGAUGGUUACCAACAGGAAGCUGAGGGCUUUCUUCAAAGGACAGAGCAAGCCACGGGUGAGAAUGCCGCCUCCAAUGGAGAGGAUGCAGCUGAAGGACGGGUCGAGGAUGUGA